UCUAGAUCUACUCUGGAUUAGUAAUGAUAGAACAUGUCGACUUUACUGCUAUAUCGUCUACUAUUAUUUGCUUAUCUCUUUUACAAAUCUAAUGGAUAUUUUGUUGACGUAACGUUUAACUUCACUGUGAGUGACGAAUGUACUGAUUCUAAUGAUGCUGAUAUACUUUCUUUCUGGGGAAGAUACGCCUACAUCAGGUUGCGUGAUUCUCAUAGUUUUUUUGAACAAUGCUUUCCUUUCAAAAAAUCAGACCAAAUGUGUAAACAGACUGUUCGUUUUGAGGUAUCAAAUGAUACUAGAACUUUGAGAUUUUUACAAUUCUUGUGGAGGGUGCAUAGUGAUAGCUGUAGUGUGAGUAUAACCUAUGGAGUGGUUAGGAAUUCAAGCACUACUGUACAAUUAGAAUUUUGUAUGCAUCAAGAUCCUUUAAGAUUUAUAUCAAAAGUGAUUUGGAAUGAUAAAUCAACAGAACUAUGCUUUAAAUAUCCUGUUGGCAUAUGUAACUCACCAAGUAAUAAAGUUACUACUUCAUGUCCCAGUGUCAGUGAGCUUACUUCACUCUCUCCUACUUCAAUGUAUACACUUACACCUUCAUUAUCUCUCAGUCAUAUUUCUUUGUCUUUAGCAGCAUCAUCACAACUGCCUGGUUACACAUCAUCAUCAUCAUCAUCAUCACAAUUUCCACAUUCACCACCUUUAGAUCUAUCUUUUAUUGUCAAUUCAUCAGUAUCAAUAUCUGAUUCAUCAGAAUCCUGUCUUGUCAGUAUACAAACACCUUCAGCUAUGUCAUCAAUGCCUACUUCAGUACCUUCAUAUUCAUCUUCAACUACAUCAUCAAUGCAUAGUCUAUCUUAUCACUCCACGAUAUUUUAUUCAAUGCCUACUUCAACACAGUCAUCUGCUUCUCAACUCAACUCUUUCAGUAUACAAGCUACAUCAUCAAUGCCUAUUUCAAUACUGACAUCUGUUUUUCGACUCAACUCUACGUCAUCAAUGCAUAUCCUAUCAUCUAGACCUCACUCCUCAAACAAUGAACAUACUCCUCUAUCUAGAACAACAAUGCCUGCAGUAACUUCAAUUGUUGCAGUAACAUCUUUCUCUCAUAUUAAUUCUCCCUCUCCUUCUCUCUCUCUUCCUUUAAUGAAUUGCCCAGAAACUAAUCAAUGGGAAAGCACUAAACCAGGACAAUGGGCAAAUGGUACUUGUCAUAAAGGAACAUUUAAUGCCACAAGAUAUUGUGAUCAUAAUGGAAGUUGGGGUCGAAUUAACUGCAGUGCUAGUAAGCAAUUCAGAGAAAUAAUAUCAAAGAUCAAUAUAUCACAUUAUGAUGCUCUUGAAUCACUAUCAGAACAACUCAAUGACUUUUCAGCAGCUCAAAGCAUUGUAUUACUGGACUUCAUCAUCACAAACAGCACUAUAGAAUCAGAUAAUGAGACAACACAGAUAGUGCUUGAUAUAGCUAGUGAAAUAAUACAGAUGGCUUCAAAUAAGACGGAUGGUGUCUCUAUUUUUAGUCAGCUAUUAAUGACACUGGACAAUUUUGCACUUAAUGUAAGACAGGACUUAUCCCUUUCUACUGACAGUAUUUUUCUAAAUGUUAAACAGAUUCAAGAUUUCCCUGAUGAAGAGGCCACAGCAAUUGAUUAUAAUGGCAACACUCUAACACUAGCAAAUGUGAUAUUCACUGCUCUACCAGCUACAGUAGCAUCCUUUGUAUAUGAAGACCUAUCAGUCCUUUCUCCUACAAAUGAUGAUGAGCUUAUAUCACCAGUCAUAUCUUCAACUGUCAGAUGUAACGGUACCUGUAAUACUAAUGAUCUUGAUAGAAAAGUGACAAUAACAUUCAAUUUGUCAGAUGUACAACAGUCAUUAAAUGGCAAAAAUGUUUCUUGUGUUUUUUGGAAGUUUAAUACUAUUUCUAAUGAUUCAUUGCCAACUGGCUAUUGGGAUAAGGAAGGAUGUACUAGUGUACUAACAAGUGAAAGCUCUGUCACCUGUAAAUGCAAUCAUUUAACACAUUUUGCUAUUUUGCUUAGCCCAAGAUCAGAAGAACCAUCACCAGUUCACACUAAAAUACUGACCAUUGCUGGUCAAAUACUAGUUCCCAUAUCCCUAGUGUGUCUGCUACUGGUCAUACUGACCUAUGCGCAUUUAAA